GGAACGCUCAAGUUCAUGUUGUGCUUGCGCUCUUGUAUUUUAAUAAAAGUUUAUUUAAUAAAUAUCAAUAGAUAUUCAUUGUUAUAGAAGUGAAUAUAAUUCAAGUUAAUUGUUUUAAAAAUGAAAACGGAUACGUGAAACGUUCUCAAGUAUGCUAGGAGAUAUUCAACUCACUAAGCGUUUGGUUGUUAUUGCGAUCGUCCUCGGCAUUAUUUUAAUUUUAAAGGAAUACGUGUUUGUAUUUCCAUUAUGACACAGCACAGAGUAGCGUAUUUCUACAACCCAGAUGUGGGGAACUUCCAUUAUGGGCCGGGGCAUCCUAUGAAACCCCAUCGGCUAUCUGUAACACACAGUUUGGUGCUUAACUAUGGCUUACACAAGAAAAUGCAAAUUUAUAGACCCUAUAGAGCCAGCGCGCAUGACAUGUGCCGGUUUCACAGUGAGGAUUAUAUUGAAUUCCUACAAAAUGUGACUCCUCAAAAUAUUCAGAGUUAUUCAAAAGAUCUACUACAUUACAAUGUAGGUGACGAUUGUCCAGUAUUUGAGGGUCUUUUUGAUUUCUGUUCGAUGUAUACGGGAGCAUCAUUGGAAGGUGCGAUGAAACUAAACAAUAACGCAUGUGAUAUUGCCAUCAAUUGGUCUGGUGGAUUACAUCAUGCGAAGAAAUUUGAACCAUCUGGUUUCUGUUACGUAAACGACAUUGUCAUAGCAAUACUGGAGCUACUGAAAUACCACCCCCGAGUGUUGUACAUUGAUAUAGACGUUCAUCAUGGCGAUGGAGUGCAAGAGGCGUUCUAUCUUACCGACAGAGUGAUGACGGUCAGCUUCCACAAGUACGGGAACUAUUUCUUCCCGGGAACGGGAGAUAUGUACGAAACGGGGGCAGAGAGCGGUAGAUACUUCUCCGUGAAUGUGCCUCUUAAGGAGGGGAUCGACGACCUCAGUUACGUACAGGUAUUCAAACCCGUCAUAUCCAACGUGAUGGAGUUCUAUCGACCAGCUGCUAUAGUGCUGCAGUGCGGGGCGGAUUCCCUCGCCGGCGACCGGCUGGGCUGCUUCUCGCUGUCCACUCGAGGGCACGGGGAUUGUGUGAAGUUUGUGAAAAAUCUCAAUCUACCCACACUUGUGGUUGGUGGUGGCGGAUACACGUUGCGUAACGUCGCGCGAUGUUGGACAUACGAGACUUCAUUAUUGACCGAUGAAGAUAUCUCCAAUGAGCUUCCCUAUACUGAAUAUCUGGAGUUCUUCGCUCCGGACUUCCAAUUGCAUCCAGAAGUCACUGGGAAUUCAACAAAUGCAAACAGUAAGCAAUACUUGGAGGCAAUCACGAAGUACGUGUAUGAUAAUCUCAAGAUGUGUCAGCACUCGCCCGCCGUACAAAUGACACAUAUUCCAGGUGACUUCUUCCCCGAAGAGGAGCGAAUGAAAGAGGAGCCCGAUCCCGACAUACGCAUCAGCCAAGAAGAAGCAGACAAGAUUGUGGAGCCCAAGAACGAGUUCUACGAUGAUGAAAAGGACAACGACAAGGAGGCGGUCGCCGAUGUGAAGGAGCCCUAGCAUACGAUUGACCUCACAGACCCGCUGGCCACCUGACAUGGCAAGUUCAGGCGGUACCGCGAGCUUGUGAGCGAUACAGACAAUAUAGUGCUCAGUGGAUGAAUACAGUCCGCUAUAACUGUGGUUCAAACUGCUUAAUACCAGUGAAAGUGUUGUUGAGUGCCUAUAGGGAAACGGGAUUGGAGUAAAUGUGGUACAAUUGCUUAGUGCAUAAAAUUACCACCUCAUCUAGAAACAAGGUGUCACACCAAGUCAGUAGUGCAAGCUUGUAGAUAUAUAGUGGUAUCGGACUAAUUGUGAUGCAAAUUGUUUUUCUUCAAGUUGCUAUCUAAUCUAAUCUUGUGAGUGAGGGGUGAACUGCUUGAAUUCGUUAGAGCAGUGGGUCAGUGGUUAGGACCUGGGACUUCAAGGGAAAAGUGGCGGUUCUAGACCAGGAGAGUGUGCAUGAAAUAAAUUGAUAAUUCAAUUUAUCUGCGCAUUAUUCUUGUCACCACUUGAAAUGGUGAAAGAGAACACAUGAAGAAACUGGCUUAUCCAAGAAUCUAAAGUUCGACAUGUGACAUUUGCUAGCACUUGUGUGUAUGAGUGAAUGGACGAA